CGAGAACGGGUGCGCCUCCGUGUUGAACACGUACCGGUCCAGGGGCAGCGACGGCCGCUCGUCGUCCUCCUGGAGCAGGUAGAAGUACUUGAGCGUCUCCGCGAGCCAGAACGACUCCAUCUUGUCCAUUUUGUUGUCGCCAGCCGUGCGGCGCACGUCCUUCAUGGACGCGUGGCCGUGCGCGACGCGCAGGUGCCGGUCGAUGGCCGCGAAGGCGCGCCAGCCCCAGUCGCGGUAGAGCGGCCGCCGGUCCUCGAGCCCCGGCGUCCGCGACAAGUAGAACCAUGCCUCGGCGGCCUCGGGCCGCAAGAUGUACUCGCGCGUGUCCGUCCGCCGCAGCGACGUGUCCCGGCCCUUGAUCCGCUCGGGCGAGAUGCCGGUCGGCUGGUCCGCGUAGAAGCGCCAGCACGUCUCGCCGAGGCCGUGGGCGACCUCGCGCAGCCGCCGGGCCCGGUCCUCGGGGAAGUAGGGCGCCCCCAGCGCGACCCACGCCGGCACGAAGCACGCGAGGUGCUCCAUGGCCGCGUCGCGCGAGAAGGCCGCGCCGCCGCGCCACCGCAGCUCGUCGAGCCAGAGGCCGCCCCGCGCGUCCCGGGAGAUGAGGCGCGCCUCCAUGCCCUUCAGCGCAGCGUCGUACAUCUUCCACACGUCCGGGAAGGACUCGACCACCGCCUCGCGCGCCGCGGGCCCGCCGCGCAGCAGCCAGACCUUGGGCAGGUACUCGUAGAAGGAGUCGGCCUCGGCGCCCAGCGUCAGCUUGCCCGUGCGGCCGCCGACGCACUGCGGGUACAGGCCGUCCAGGUUCGGCUGGCGCCGCUGGAACUCGUAGAAGGCCCUGGCGCGGCGCGCGUACUUGUCGUCGUUCGUGAUUCUCGAGAGGUAGAGCAUCUCGAGCUGCACCGUGCCGGCGUGCGCCAGCGACGGGCAGGACCCCGCGCGCCCGCCGAAGCUCCCCGGCACGCUGCCCGUCGCCGGGUCGAUCUUCGCGUAGACGGCGUCGCCGAUCUGGCGCGCGCGCGUCGCGAAGAUGGCGUCCCGCGACAGCUCGUAGGCGCCCAGCAGCCCGCCGAGGACCCGGAUCGUCGUCUCGAAGACGGACGCCGUCGACGGCGGCCGCGCGAGCUUCCGCCCGAAGCUCUCCUGCGCCACGAAGUCGCGCGCCUCGCGGAACUCGUCCCGCAGCCCGACCAGCCACAGCGUGUCCAGCGAGUCCACGAGCGUCACGGCCAUGUCGAAGCCGCUAUUGACGGGCCGGCCCGUGAUCGGCGCGACGGAGUCGCGGCCGAAGGCCCGGCGCCGGUAGCCGUCCCAGGCGUGCUUGAUCGCCCCCUUGAUCUUCUCGCGGCGCUCCUGCAGCUCCGCCGCGGAGACCGCGGCGGGCGCGUCGUACGCGAUGGGCCGGGGCGUCCGCGGCGGCGAGACGACGCAGAGCGAGACGCCGUCCUUGCGGACCGUGCCCGCCGAGCUCAUCUUGAGCCAGCAGGCCGCCGGCGGGUUGUCGCCGGGGCCGGACAGGGCCGCCGCGGCGCAGUCGUCCCGUUCUAUGCACGCGGCGGCGCACUGCUCGGGCGUCGCGUCCACCAGCGCGGGUUCGUUCAUGAGGUCCGCGCCGGCGACGUCCUGGUUCGCCUGGAAGCGGCAGGUCACGUCGGUAUCGGCUGGUGGCGGCGGCGGCGGCGGCGGCGCGCGCGCCGCCUCCUUGGACGGGAUGCAGACCGUGACGCCGCGCUUGUACUGCAGCGGCCCCGCCUUGCGCUUGAGCCAGCAGGCCGACGGCGGCUCGUCCGCCUCGCCCGACAGCGCCGCCGCGGCGCACCACGGCGUCGCGGCGCACAGCGCGCAGCAGCUCUCCCGGUCCAUGUCCUCGCGCGGGAACUCGUCGCCGUCGCCGCCCCUGAUGUCCGAGUCCGCGCGGAAGGUGCACGUCGGAGGAGACGCAGCAGCGACGGGCUUUGGGGCGGCCGGCGCGUCGAGCUCGUUGAUGCCGCUCCGCAGCGCCGCGAGCGCCUCGCGCAUCUCGCGGACCUCGAGUCGGGAGUGGUUCCGCGCGGCGCCGCGCAGCGCCGGCGUCUCGAGCAAUGCCGCGGGCGUCGUGAGCGCGAGCAGCACGUACGCCAGGGCCGACGCGCCCGCGAGCGCGGCCAGCGGCCGCAUGGCAAGCGACGCCUUGGUGGUGCGCAUCCCUACGCGUGACUGCACGUGGACAACUACGACUUCGGCUUCCUCUACGGUCGCCAGAGCUUCGAGAACGGUCGCCUGCUUGCAAUAUAGGCGGCCUGCGGCCCCUGGCGGCGCUUUUCGCGCGCCAAGUUGUAAAACUCC